CUACGCUUUUCCUCCUAUCCCAUACCUCUAUCUCUGUCUGUCUUAUUUUCUGGAGGAAGAGGCAGAGACCAAUAUACGAGUAGUGCGUCAACAGCGACGAUGCCACGGAAGUAUUCUCCGCAACCACCUCCCAGAUCCCUGGUCACUGGUCCCUGGUCCCUGACAGCCCUCGCCCCCGUUUUGAUUUAUGCGGCAUUUUGCAAAAGUCAACAAAUGGAAAUGACACGGAAAAUAAUAAUGCCAAGAGAGAGAGAGAGAGAGAGCUUAACCAUUUUACCAAUUUCUUUCAGCUUUCAAGGCCGCCAAGGCAGAAAUAGAGUCCACCCACAGCACACCCGAAUGUAUGGAAAACUAUGGCCCCAUUUUUGGAGUCCAGGAAAGCGGAGAAACCAGGAGAAAUAGAGUCCCAUGAAAUUUAUGUUGUACUUCAGAAACAGAAACAAACAAGUUUUCGUUUGCUUAUAUCACAGUUACAAGGAGCUGCAGCCGGAGCUGGAGAGUACCAGCAGCCGCCUUAGAAGAUCUACAGAUCUACUGCCAUCACAAUGGGAAUGACGGGCAGCCGUUCGCUGAGCCUCGAUCAGAUGGCGGAGCAUCAGCGGGAGACCGGACUCUCGUGCGCCCAGUUGGAGCAGCUCUAUAGCCGUUUUCAAUCAUUGGACCGCCAGCGUCGUGGCUAUCUGACGCCAACCGAUCUGCUGCGCAUACCGCAGCUUGUCCAGCAUCCACUGCACCGCCAGAUCGUGGACAGCUUCUUCCCCCGCCGCUGCGGGACCGCAACCAUGUCCUUCCACCAAUUUGUGGGGGCUUGCGCCACCGUCCUGGUGCCGCAGUUCAUAUUCACCGAGACUAUGGAGUUCUAUGGGCCACCGCCCCAUGGACGAGCCGACAAGGUGCGUCUGCUGUGUAAAAUGAUCGAUACAGAGAACCAAGGCUACAUAUUGACCAAGGACUUUCGUCAAUUCUUGGGCACCUUGCUCGAGCAGCACGGCGCCCAUCCGGCCGAGAUGCCUCUGUUGGAGCUACUGGCAUUCGGACUCAACCAAUCGACACCCUCCCAGCUCAAAUACCAUGAUUUCGAGUUCCGUCUCAGUGCCGCCGAUCUAGAGGGUCGUCUCUCCAUCAGCAAGUGGCUCGCUAAGGGCGAUAACGAGGCCCCCAAGGCCAGCAAGGCCAAAACCGGGACUGACUCCGUGGAGCCUGGCGUGCAGGCGAGGCACAACAAAUAAAUCACCCGCAGAAUCGUUCGUUUCCGCCUUAUUGGUGUUUUCUGUACAGAAUGCAGCGGAUACGUAAUAUCUAUAUAUAUUUUUAGUAGCAUUCUUUUAAGGCUUCUUUGUGCACAAAACACUAUAUGUAGCAUGUAGAAUGAUUAAAUCUGUACGUGGGUGCGCCUUUUUAUAA